GCGCAGGCGCGGCAGAGGCAGCCCGCCGGCUUUGCAGUCCCCAGCUCUACAGCCGCCGGAGCAUCCUUGGCGUCUGCGCGUGCUGGCUGUCCUCCGCUACCUCCUCUUCCUCCACCUGGGCCGGCGCGAUGGCGAAGCCGCUGACGGACAGUGAGAAGCGGAAACAGAUCAGCGUGCGGGGGAUCGCGGGGCUGGGCGACGUGGCGGAGGUGCGGAAGAGCUUCAACCGGCACCUGCACUUCACGCUGGUCAAGGACCGCAACGUGGCCACGCCCCGCGACUACUUCUUCGCGUUGGCGCACACGGUGCGCGACCACCUGGUGGGCCGCUGGAUCCGCACGCAGCAGCACUACUACGAGCGCGACCCGAAGCGCAUUUACUAUCUUUCCCUGGAAUUCUACAUGGGCCGCACUCUGCAGAACACCAUGGUGAACCUGGGGCUGCAGAACGCUUGUGACGAAGCUAUUUAUCAGUUGGGAUUGGACUUGGAAGAGCUGGAGGAGAUAGAAGAAGAUGCUGGCCUUGGCAAUGGGGGCCUGGGCAGGCUGGCAGCCUGUUUCCUCGACUCCAUGGCCACCUUGGGCCUGGCAGCUUACGGCUAUGGAAUCCGCUAUGAAUUUGGGAUUUUUAACCAGAAGAUUGUCAACGGCUGGCAGGUGGAGGAGGCUGACGACUGGCUGCGCUAUGGCAACCCCUGGGAGAAGGCUCGACCUGAGUACAUGCUUCCUGUGCACUUCUACGGGCGUGUGGAGCACACACCUGAUGGCGUGAAGUGGCUGGACACACAGGUGGUGCUUGCCAUGCCCUAUGACACCCCGGUGCCCGGCUACAAGAACAACACUGUCAACACCAUGAGGCUGUGGUCCGCCAAGGCGCCCAAUGACUUCAAGCUGCAGGACUUCAACGUGGGGGACUACAUCGAGGCAGUCCUAGACCGGAACUUGGCGGAGAACAUCUCCAGAGUCCUGUACCCCAACGACAAUUUCUUUGAGGGGAAGGAGCUGAGGCUGAAGCAGGAGUACUUUGUGGUGGCUGCCACCCUCCAGGACAUCAUCCGCCGCUUCAAGUCCUCCAAGUUUGGCUGCCGAGAUCCUGUGAGGACCUGUUUUGACACAUUCCCCGAUAAGGUGGCCAUCCAGUUGAACGACACGCACCCUGCUCUCUCCAUCCCUGAGCUUAUGCGCAUCCUGGUGGACGUGGAGAAAGUGGACUGGGACAAGGCCUGGGAAAUCACAAAGAAGACCUGCGCCUACACCAACCACACCGUGCUACCCGAGGCCCUGGAGCGCUGGCCCGUGUCCAUGUUCGAGAAACUGCUGCCACGACACCUUGAGAUCAUCUAUGCCAUCAACCAGCGGCACCUGGAUCACGUGGCAGCCUUGUUUCCCGGGGACGUGGACCGCCUGCGCCGCAUGUCUGUGAUUGAGGAAGGGGACUGCAAACGCAUCAACAUGGCCCACCUCUGCGUGAUCGGCUCCCACGCAGUCAAUGGGGUGGCACGGAUCCACUCAGAGAUCGUGAAACAGUCUGUUUUCAAGGAUUUUUAUGAGCUGGAGCCAGAGAAGUUCCAGAAUAAGACUAAUGGCGUCACUCCCCGCCGGUGGCUGCUGCUGUGCAACCCAGGGCUGGCUGAUGUCAUCGUGGAGAAAAUCGGGGAAGACUUCCUGACUGACCUUGAUCAACUGAAGAAACUGCUGCCAUUAGUCAAUGACGAAGCCUUCAUCAGGGAUGUUGCCAAGGUCAAGCAGGAGAACAAGCUUAAGUUCUCGGCCUUCCUGGAGAAAGAGUACAAGGUAAAGAUCAACCCCUCGUCCAUGUUCGACGUGCACGUGAAGAGGAUCCAUGAGUACAAGCGGCAGCUGCUCAACUGCCUGCAUGUGGUCACCCUGUAUAACCGGAUAAAGAAAGACCCAGCUAAAGCCUUUGUGCCCAGGACUGUUAUGAUUGGGGGCAAGGCGGCUCCCGGCUACCACAUGGCCAAGAUGAUAAUCAAGUUGGUCACGUCCAUCGGUGAUGUCAUCAAUCACGAUCCAGUUGUGGGCGACAGACUCAAAGUGAUCUUCCUGGAGAACUACCGAGUGUCCUUGGCCGAGAAAGUGAUCCCAGCCGCCGACCUGUCACAGCAGAUCUCCACCGCUGGCACCGAGGCUUCAGGCACUGGCAACAUGAAGUUCAUGCUCAACGGGGCCCUCACCAUCGGCACCAUGGACGGGGCCAAUGUGGAGAUGGCCGAGGAGGCUGGGGUCGAGAACCUCUUCAUCUUUGGGCUGCGGGUAGAGGAUGUGGAGGCGCUGGACCGGAAAGGGUACAAUGCCAGGGAGUUCUACGACCGCCUGCCCGAGCUAAAGCAGGCCGUGGACCAGAUCAGCAGCGGCUUCUUCUCACCCAGGGAGCCUGACUGCUUCAAGGAUGUUGUCAAUAUGCUGAUGUACCACGACAGGUUCAAAGUGUUUGCAGACUACGAAGCCUACAUGCAGUGCCAGGCCCAGGUGGAGCAGCUGUACCGGAACCCCAAGGAGUGGACCAAGAAGGUCAUCAGGAACAUCGCCUGCUCGGGCAAGUUCUCCAGCGACCGGACCAUCAGCGAGUAUGCGCGGGGCAUCUGGGGGGUAGAGCCUGCUGACCUGCAGAUCCCACCACCCAACAUCCCCCGGGACUAAGCCCCUCGCUGGGCCCAGGGCUCUGUCUUCUUGCUGACUCUGCCUCUCACGUCGGGUUCAAGCAUUUCGCCAACAGCUGGUGGCCCCUGCUUUUCUCAGUGGUGUGUUUCUAGGAGGGGCUGUGGGGGUAUAGGAUGAUGCUAGGAGUGAGUGUCCCCACUUCCUGUAAGAGGAGAGCAGAGUUGGUAACAUGGACGGCCACAGUGGGGCCCCUGCAGCUUCUGCCCAUCUGUCCCACACAGGGUGGGUGGGAGGAACAGCCACCCACUUGGCUCCCACAAAACCUUGCACGCAUCUUGCUGUGAGCUUGUCUUUAGUUUUCAGCCUCUGGAUUCUGGGGUCUGGGUCAGUGGUCAUGGUGACGCCAAGGGAUGAGCUUUCUGCAGCACUUGUGCCGCCAGCCACACGACAGGGCCAAGCCCACCCCCUGCCCAGCUCUGUGCUGUGCCUUGGGCUAUGCUGGGGGCAGUGGGAGCCUCCAGGUGUCUUCCCCACAGCUGCUUGUCCUCCGUCCUGGGCUCUGUACCUUGUGUGUAGGUCAAGGACCCAGAUGGUCCUGGCCUUUGUAGCUGUCCCAGGGACGAUGUGGUUCCUUCAGACCUGGGGACUUGGGUUUGGGCGUUAGGAGGGUGCCUGUGACUAGGCUGUCAAAGGCCAUGGUGAGGGGUAUGUGCAGCUGGCUGAUGCUGGUUGGCUUGCUUUGGCUUCUUCAAAGGAAUAAUUUUACCAGGAAGUGAAACCAGCUAAAGUCUUCUCUUGGGUUUAGUAACUAAAAACUAAACUUGCUUAGUUACGUGUCUAGAUGAUUCUGCCUGGUUAGAGGGGUCAGCAGCCAGGCUGCCCUGUUGCAGCCUCAGGCCCUCCCUUGGUGCAGGUCUGAUUGUGCACACCAGGGCAGGCUCCAUUCUCCCACUCUUGCCUCCCAUGCAGUAGCUUGGUGUGGAAAGGGGCCAGCUGGGCCCAGAGGAGCCAGUCUCUGCUCUGCAUGGACUGUAGGCAUGUAGGGGGUACACUGUGGAGGGGGAGCAAACCCUUCUCACUCCUGCCCCUCCCGAUGGGGGACACUCCAGAAUACACCUGCCAGCACCCAGAGAUGCCGGAGAGCAGGCUACUGCCCUCACUUUGGGUUGUCAGGGAAAACAGACGGAACCACCCUUCUAGAGGCUUCUACCACCUUGUGUGCUGGACUUAGGCUGUAGGGGGGGUCUCUUCAUUAACAGGCCUGCAGGUCUGGCAGGGAGGCUGUGCCCAUGGGGUCUUCUUUAGUAUGGGGAUGCGUCUAGGGGUUAUCCCACGUACCCUGCCACCUUGUGUGUGACCCCCUCCCUGCGCAUGGGGUCUUCUUUAGAGUGGGGGGUGUGUCUAGGGGGUACCCCACCACCCUGUGUGCGGCCCCCUCCCUGCUAGCUGUGGGUGCCCGGCACUGCUGCACUUGCUGUUACUUCUUCAUGUGAGAAGCUGAUUAAACUUUUACGCCUGGA